AUGAAAAUUAUAAUCAAGUUAAUUGUUUGCCUCUCAAUUGCUGAAUCAUUUAUUUCAGCAGCUCCAACAACAAGUGAAAAAGAUUGUGGUGAUUUGUGGAGUGAAGUGAUUAAAUCGAGGAUCCGAAAUGGACACAAAGUCAAAGGUAACAAAUACCCUUGGAUGGUUCAACUCAAAUCGUAUACUGAUCGAGAUGAAAGUGAAUACUUUCAAUGUGGUGGCACAUUGAUUGACAAUCAACACAUAAUUACCGCCGCUCAUUGUUUUGAAAAAGAUGAUGGAUCUUUCCUUGAAGCUAAGGAUGUUGAUGUUUACAUGGGGACCAAGAACUUUAUUGAAGAAGAUGAAGAUGAAGCUUAUUCAGUUGAGAAGCUCUGGAUUGACCCUAAAUAUGACGGUGACUCCUUGGGUAAUGAUUUCGCCAUUAUAACUCUGGCGGAAAAAGUUGAUUUCACUCGGCACAUUGGACCGAUUUGUUUACCCACGACAGCCGAAGGAGCCGAUCAGUUUACCAUUGCUGGUUGGGGCAAGACAAGUUCAGGUAAAAAUGCUCAUUCUGCUACUAGAUUGAUGGAGGCUGUGGUCACUUUAGUUCCAAGGGAUGAAUGUGAACAAUUGGCACUUAAUUGGUUGGAAAAAACUGAGCCCGAUGCGGUGAAAUCACCUGAUUUCAAUGUAACCGAGUUAAUUGCUGAAACUCAUUUGUGUGCAAGAAAUAUAAUCACUGGUAGCGAUACUUGUGCUGGUGAUUCUGGUGGACCAUUGAUGUAUCUUGGACAAGAUGACCGUUGGUUCCUGAUGGGAGUUGUUUCUGGUUCAUGGGUUGAUUGUGGAGUUGAUAAAAAUGGUGCAUCAUUUUACACUAAAUUAAACUAUUAUGAAGAAACAAUCAAGUCUCAAGCUCCAUCAGCUUGUUGGCGAGAUAUUUGAUUGUCACUUAAAUUGUAUAUGCUUUCAAUAAAUAUAUUUAAACUAAUA